AGUUAAUAGAUAUGUUACAUUCAUUCUUCGUUUGGCUGCCUACCUUGUCUGGUGGUGACUCGCGAGGCCUCUGGCGCGCUCAUGUGCGUACUCUCACCUCCUACAGAGCGUGAGCUGUAUGCUCUGCUUCCCAUUUGCGCCUCUAGUGUCCAUGUUGUGUUCCGAAGUCUCGUCCCUCGCCUGCAGGCGUUGGAUACAUUUCUACAAGCUCAUAGUGUCGAUUUGACGGGCGAAGAGAGCGAAAUCGUCGACUUUCUGGAGGCUCUAAGUCACCACAGACACCAGGAAACCGUAUUUAACGCGCUGGUGCAGCAGCUUAAGCUUCUUACAGACUUUAACGCGCUCCAGCAAGACUCGAAUGAAGAUGCACCGAAUAAUUUACUGCAAAUGCUGCUGGAGGCUCCAAGGAAGAGCCGAGAAGUUCACUGGAUGCACCUACAGAUCGACGCCUUAAUGAGUCACGAAGAGACUGAGGAAGAGAGUUGUGACUGGCAGGAACACUGGAAAGAAGACUACAAGCAGCAAAUUGAGUUUUUCGAGGAAUUUUUAGACUCCAAAAAGUUACAGGAAGAGCUACAGAUACUGGAGACAAGUGAGAAGUUGGAGCUGCUGACUGCUCUUCAGUAUGAGAGAAAGAAAUUGAGUGGAAGUGACGAGGAGCUGAUGCCAGUGCAGGAGCAAAAGCUAUUGGAUCGAGCGAUUGAUAAGGUCUCUGAAGCUGCACAUGACGAGGUUUUAACGGUUCCGGAGUGGUUUGUACCCAGAUAUGAGGUGCAAAUACGAGAAGAUACUGGCAGCUUUGAAUGCUGCGUGGAAGGAGAGUGGAAUGGGCUUAAUGUUACACUGGAAUAUGGCGAAGAUAUGGAUACAGUUAUCAAUGGUGCUGAGAAAUGGUGUGGCGUGAAAGAUCCCUAUAUUGUGACGCUGCAUGGAGCGUGUCAUGUUGGGAAGACUCCGUUUAUUAUCUACGAGUCUAUACGGGACUUUAUUUCUCUUCUUGACUAUGCGAACAACGUCCAAAAUUCUCGAAAAGUGUGGAAAAGAUUGUUAGAAGCGGCACGAGGACUCCAGUAUCUUCACGGUUUAGGUAUUGCGCAUGGAAAUAUUACUGCAGCCUGUGUGGUUGUUGGAGCUGACAAGAAAGCGAAGAUCAAGUCCAAUACGUGGGAGGACCUCCCCACCGAGUCUUCAAAAGAGGACGAUGUGUACGCGUUCGCGUCAAUUAUUCUAGAAGCAACCAGUUCGUUUACGAUAGAAAAUCCAGACGAUAUCCUACCAAGCAUUGAAAAUGAGCAACAAUAUCCUUGUGGUAUGAACUACGCUGCCUGGUUGAUCGAAGAAAUGACAUCGAGUAAUCCACAUGAUCGACCGGAUAUGAACGCUGUAGUGCGGAUGUUACUGAAUGUGACGGAGCGUGAGCGUCCGUGGAGUGAUGUGCAGUUCCCCGAGCUACUAUUACACGCCCCUGACGUGUGGACUGCGCUUCGUACUGCUAGUCAACGUCACGAAACUGGAGUGGGGAUGUGUGCUCGCGUACUUAGACGUCUGGAACAAGUGUUAGUUAGACUCUGGGACGAAGGAAUCGUGUUUGGUGAUGGAGAGGAUGUCGAAUACAAUUGGCAAACACGCACGGAAUAUCUUCUACGUAGCAUGCGCUAUCUCACGAGACACUAUUUGCCGUCAAAUGGACGAGAACUGCUCAAAAUUGCCCAAGCUCGUCGCUUUUCGAAUGAAAUUCAACAAAUGCAUCACCAAUUAGACGCUUUACUUGCAGAAUUUGACAGUGAAAAUUUAUAUGCCGAGAUUGACCCCACUAGCGAGAGUAUAAGUCGAAGUGCGGAGGAAUGGGAGCUCGAAUGGGAAUAUGACUGUGGGGAUCUAAUGGCAACGUUUCAUGAAUAUCUCGAUGGUCUAGAACAGUCUGACGGUGUUAGGACUGACGUAGCUAUGGAGGCCAUGACCGUCAUGAAGCACGAGCUAGACAACUUCCGCUACGCAUUUACUGAUGCUCAGCAAGAUUUAGUUGUCCGAGCUUUUGAUAUUUGUGUCCGACAAGUAGGGACAGUGGUGACUUGUACACCUGAGUGGUUUAUAUCCCCAUAUGAAGUGCGGGACGGAAGUUGGUGGGAAGGUGUGCGUGUUACGAUACAAAAACCUCAACAGGAUGCAAACGCGUGUGAAAUUGUUCAAAGACAAGCAGAUAUUUGGUCUGAGCUCGUUCAUCCGCACGUGGUUGAGCUGUUCGGCGCAUGCCACGUUGGAUCUGCUCCGUUUUUCGUUUUUGAACGUGCCCGAGGAGGUUCGUUAAUGGAAUAUCUAUCACGGUAUCAGAACACUACACAAUUGUGGCGAUUACUUUACGAGACUGGAUUAGGACUACAGUAUCUGCACGAACGCGAUAUUGUACACAACGAACUUAGUAGUGAUAAUAUUGUCGUUGUGGUGGAGAAAAGUUCGGCUGUGAGAAGAAAACUCCACGGUAGGAAGGCGAAGCGGUCUCUCCGAUACGACAACUCGAUGCAGGAGGUUGCAAAGCUUAACGGACUGCAAUUCGCGCCUCUGAAUGACUCACGGCUGUUUCAAACCUAUCGGUCAUUCACCGAUGAAGAUUCGGGACGGUGGUUAUCGCCAGAGCGCAGGGGAGACGAUAUGGUACCAGAACUACCGUCGUUGGCGUCUGAUAUCUACAGCUUCGGUAUGAUAAUUAUUGAGGCAGUUUUGCACGGCACAGACAGUUGUGACGAGUUCCUGAAUGGCAUUCAGGACGAAGAUCAGUCGAUCUUUGAGCACAUACUGGAUCAAUUCGAACACGAAGCAUGGGAACUGGUUAAGAAAAUGUGUGCAUGGCAACCAGAAUUACGUCCGUCAAUCUCGUAUGUAGUACAGAAGCUCGGAGAACUGGCAAGCAGACAACGAACUGCAGAUCAACUUGGUGACUAUCGCGAGUUUGGGGAGAUGAAUGCAGCAAGUGUUACUGCUGAUGACGAGCAUUUUAGUAUUCCAAGAGAACCCAAAACAGCUGUGGAUUGUAUGAUACACGUACCUGAUGAAGCACCUUCAACCAUCUCUCAAGCGUUGCAGACUUUAAAGUCACAGAUACAGAAUUCUACGGAUAAUGGUAUUGAUUUGGAGGCAAGCAAUGACGACUUGAACGUACAAAUUCUGCGUCGAAUGGAUGAUAUCUAUCAGCGCUUGUGUGAUAUCGAGGCAAAUAUUGGCGAAGAUCCUGACAUCAAAGAUUUUUCUACUAUCGUGGCCAAUUUCGUGGAUAUUUUGACACAAUUCAUUGCUCACGUGAACGUCAGCAGCACUGGAAACUGUCUUACGCAGAUUGUGGCAAUUCGUCAACGCACUAACGAUAAAUUUUCGUUUCAUAAAGAUCUCGACGAAUUACUGAACGAGCUUCACUCAUACGAAUGUUUGUCGUCAGAGAAGGAAAAAAUACACGACUGGAAACGUCAAUGGUAUUUACACCGAGCUCGUCAGACACUGAGUCAUACGUGGACAUUGAUGAGUCCUAACGCUGCCAACGCUGCCGAUUUACUGCUCGACGAGCUCAAAGACGCCAAUGAUCGUGAAGAAAUACUAGCAUUUCUACGUUUUGAAGUCACACGCCACCGCUCUAGCUACACAUCUGCGCAAGUGAAAGCCAUGGGUGCAGCAUGUACUGAUAUUUCCCGCCGGUUAUCUGCUACUACUACAAUUCCUGAACAUUUUCACUUGUGGCAGCCACCCAGAUGGUUUAUCCCACUGUACGAAGUGGAAUUUAACCCACGUGAGUCCUUAGGCCACGGUGCCUUCGCCUCCGUUCACAUGGGAACGUGGCUCGGCACACCCGUCGUGAUCAAGAAGCUCACUUCUGGGUCAAUCAACCCACUGGGUUCACCGCCUAGCGCUGUGUUCUAUCGAGAAUUGAGUAUCUGGUAUCGACUUAACCACCCAUACGUGGUUAAACUGUACGGUGGCUGCCACGUUGGCGGCCAGCCGUUCUUCGUGUGUGAACCGGCAAGCAACGGCCGUCUCGAUACGUAUCUACAUCGCUUUGACCCUCCUGGUCCUAGUGUAGGUACAAGUAGCUUGAGAUCUACAUCUACAAUUAGUGGACAUACCAGUGGCUUCAGUAGAAGUACGUCGAACGGGUCAAGCACCGGUUUCUCAGCUGAUAGUAUAGGCUGUCACCGACGCUGCGAGGCUUGGAAGAAGCUGCGUCAGAGUGCACUGGGGCUACAAUACCUUCAUCAACACAGCAUUGUACACGGCGAUCUCAAGUGCGACAACAUCCUCGUGGCUGCCGACGGGACGGCGAAACUCACAGACUUUGGCCUCAGUACUAUCUGUCGAUAUGUUGACAGUGAGCAGGAACAGAGUAGUAAUGUGUCGGAAGUGGGUGCGCAGAGAUGGAAAGCGCCGGAAUGUUUGGCCGGCGCACAGCCGAGCUUCGAGUCGGACGUGUACUCGUUCGGCAUGUGCAUUCUUCAGGCUAUUAGUGGCGAGUUCCCAUGGGGAUCUCGGAUGCCGGAUGCAGCCGUUCGCUUCCACGUACGACGAGGUGUAUUGCCCCCUCGACCUAAGGGCUUUGAAGACGAUGCACACUGGGAAUUAGUGAAGCAAAUGUGCUGCUUCGAUCCUCAACAACGACUGAAGCUUCCGGUGGUCGUGCAACGACUCGCUCGCUUCGCGGACCUGGAAGCGAGACGACAAAGAGGAGGAGUUAGUGUACAUAUGCGAGAGCUGUUGUUCGGUGGGUCGGCUACAAGUUAAGACGUCAGUGUUCAGUUGACACCACGUUGAAGAUACAGGUUAUUCGAACGCUAAGCGAGCGAGCGACAUCAUCGCCAGGACAACGAGACCACCACACAGGACACGACCACCGAGUCGACCGGCGACAACGCGUCAGGCUUGGGGGGUUCAAAUCCCAACUUUUUGCUGUCCUUUGUGGCUAGACUCGACCUUCGAGAGGACAACUCGAGACGCGCUUCGACUUUUGAUCCAGUGUGCCAAGUGUUGUCCUACCGUUGUAAAGUCAACCAUGAAAACCAUCAUCAGCUUCCUGACCACCACGGUGAUGUACAAUAGGUACGUCACUCUGACCCCUACAUUCACUCUAAGGGUUUAGGGGUACGCUAGAUGCCGUUUUAUGCAAAGGAAGAGCGGACGAGAUGCGCAAAAACGAUACUUCCGUCCGCUCGAUAAAUUCAUGACUGAAAUUGUUGAAUUCAUGACUUUCCGGAUGACACAACAAUCAAACACCCCGUUUUAAGGAUGAAACGCAUUAGAUACAUCUUAGAAUACGAACCAACCACUUCUGAACGUAAGCGAGCCAUAUCAGUAUAUACCCACGAUAAAAAAAUAAAAUACCGGUUUGACAUCCGCG